AUCACCAUUUGGAUACUUAAACUCAUCUACUAACGCCAUCUGACAGUCGCGCAGUAAAACGGGAUACUCCUGUCAUCGAGGAGGGCCUUGCCGGUGAAAGACAUCACGUGCUUGUCGUGUGUUGUGCACGGGAGGACAUUUAGAAUAAAGUAAAAAAUAUUGGCAGUUGAGGGGUUAACGCGUCGUCGACAAAGUAGGUCAUCUCUGUGUGGUUAGAAAGCAGAUGCGAGAAAGUGGGUAGGUAGGUUUGUACACUGCGCAGGGAUUUCUCUUGAUUCCCCUUUGGCAGCCUUUCAGACACUACCUUGCUGUGUGUGCAGUCCGUUAUUUUCACACGAUCCACCUGACUUGGACAGAUCAACGUGACUGCAUAUAAAUAUGGCCGGCAAAGUACCCAAGAUGAAGCUUUGGUACUAUCCGAUGUACAGAUCAGGGCGCUGUGUUUGGCUUGUCAAAGAGCUGGGCAUAGAGGAUCAGCUGGAGCUAGUCACCUUGCCCAUGGAAAUUCAGCCUCCUCCCCCAGAGCGCGAGGAGUACCGCCAGCGCGUGCACCCCCACAGUACCGUCCCGGCCCUGGAGGUAGAAGGUCAGCCUCCAAUCAUUGAGUCAGCGGCUAUCUGUCUCUUCCUCGCCGACCUCUGCGGAUCCCUGGCACCGGAGUUGGGCAAGAGGGCUGAGUAUUACAACUGGAUCAUCUAUUCCUGCUGUGCCAUGGACGAAAUCCUGGUGACCCUGUUUCAUCAUUGGGAGCUUCUUCCGCCCGAGAAGAAGGACCAGCAGGUCCUCGACAAAACCUCCUUAAGGCCAAGGCAUGCAUGGACUAUAGAGAAGACUCUGGAAGGCAGAGAAUACAUUCUGGGCAAGGAAGAGUUAACACUUUUGCAACAUGUCCCAGCCUGCCUGGCAUUGCUGUCCUCCGAGUCACCACUAUCCGCCCUUUCGCAGUUUUCAGCAGCUGACUGUAUGCUGGGCUUCAACAUAUGGUGGGCAAAUCUAAAAGAAAUGAAGGGUGGCAUUCUUCUUGAGGGACGUCCAAAUAUACAGUCCUACUUGGCCCGAAUCAGCGCUCGGCCAGCCAUGCAGGAGGCAACGAAUGCGAAAGGAAAGUGAACAAGUCUUCAUUGCACACCUCUCGACGGUCGUCAUUUUUAUCGUCAACUGUCGAACACAAAGCCUAACAUGCUAGGUGUCCUUUCUGGUUUAUUAAUGACCUGACAUACUGAAAUUUUAUAAGCAGUACUUCCUAUUAUUUUAUUUGCUUCUGCUGCAGUAAGUGGAUUUCUCAUCUCGGGAAUCAGUUCUUUUUGUACUCUGCUUGAUAUAUUAAAAUUACAUAAAACACUAU